AAAUACAUCCACCAUAUACACCCCCAGAAUUAGCGAGCAAGGCAGGUCCGUAGUUCACAGCCGAGGUCCGUAAACCCUUGGAUUUCCUCCAUCUCCACAUCAGUGCGACUCCAGUCCGUCCGAGACCGGCAUGGCCACCACGGCCGCCGCCGCCGCCCCGGUGCCAGGCGCUAUUCCAGCCGCGGCGCCCGCGGCCCCGUCCGCGCAACCGCAUCCCGUUCCAGACAAAUGUACGAAUUAUAAAAACCAUUUGCAAGAGUGGACUCAAAGGAAUGAUCAGAAGUUGCCAGCUUAUAAUACUGAGUCAAAACGUGACCAUCAUCGACUUGAGUUCAGAAGCACCGUUGAGGUGGGUGGCGAGCGGUUUCAAUCAGCUCGCAAUCAUAGCCGCCGCAAGGAUGCAGAGCAGGAUGCUGCCAGAGUGGCCUAUGAAAUCCUGGUGACAAAGACAGUAAAUGAUGAUGAUCAUACAGACGCGCUUGGGCUGAUUGAUCAGGGCGUGGUGUUCUGCAAAUCAAUUCUCCAUGAAUUUGCUGUUAAGACAAAAGUUGAUCAGCCCACUUACUCCGCAGAUCAUCCAGAAGGGGUAUCACCCAUGACUCUGUUUGUUUCAUCUGUGUUGUUUGCUGGGAACACUUAUACUGGUGAAGCUGCAACAUGUAAGAAGGACGCAGAGCAGAAGGCUGCUCGUGUUGCAGUCAAAUCUAUUUUAGCUACAAAGAACACUUGUAUGCAUCAAAUUGUCAGAUCAAAGAAAGAGCUUAUCAUUGCCAUCACAUCUUCUGGGUUCAACAAAGAAAGAGGAGUUGUAAGCCAGGAAAACUGCAAUGCUCCAACAAAUGCAAUUACUCCUAUAAAAUUUGUGCCUGCUGGUGAAGCUGCUGGUCUAACUGGAGAAAUUUGGAUAUUUGCCACUUUCAAUAAGUGGCUUCUCAAAAUUGCCACUUUCAAGAUUGGCUUCGUAAGAUUGCCACUUAGCUCAUCGACUCCUUGAUUAGCAUGCCAUUUUGCUUUUUUUAUUGAUUCCCCUUUUCUGUUUUCAUUUAUAUGCACCGGACAAGACCGAACUGCCCCUGAGGGUAUGUACAGGUACUGAUUAUCCGUGUUUAUUAUGCAUCUGGUAUUCUCGUUCGACA